AUGUCACCAACAGCGACACUUGAAUACUCCUCCAAUGCACCAGAGCCUCUGCAAUAUCCCAGGCUUCCCGAACAUCAUUUGCUUCCAAGCAAGACUCCAGACUAUCUCCGAUUGAUUCUGACCUCCAAGGUCUACGAGAUCCUGAAAGAGACGCCCCUUGUCUAUUGCGAUGGCUUGAGCACUCGAUUCGGGAACCAGAUAUGGUUAAAACGCGAGGAUCUCCAGGAGGUCUUCAGCUUCAAAAUAAGAGGUGCAUAUAACUUCAUGGCUAGUCUCACUGAGGAAGAACGGUGGAAAGGCGUCGUUACAUGUAGUGCGGGAAACCAUGCGCAGGGAGUUGCGCUGUCGGGUUCUAAACUUGACAUUCCUUGUACGAUUGUGAUGCCCAAAGGCACGCCGUCCAUCAAAGUCCGCAACGUCUCACGACUGGGCGCAAAGGUCGUGUUGUUCGGCCAGGACUUUGACGAGGCGAAGACUGAGUGUGCGCGUUUGGCGGCGGCUCAUGGCCUCAUUUUCGUCCCGCCGUACGACGACCCACUCGUUGUCGCCGGUCAAGGUACAAUCGGCGUGGAGAUCCUGAAGCAAGUACCGAACUCUGAGAAUCUAGACGGCAUAUUUGCAGCCGUCGGUGGUGGUGGUCUGGUUGCUGGGAUCUGCGAGUAUGUGAAAAGAAUAGGUUCCCCGAAUACUAAGGUUUUUGGCGUCGAAACUGUGGACGGAGAUGCAAUGGCGCGGAGUUUGGAGAAAGGCCAUCGCGUCACAUUGGAUGAAGUUGGACCAUUCAGCGAUGGCACAGCCGUGAAGAUCGUUGGGGCUGAGCCUUUCAGAAUCUGCCAACAAUUAUUAGAUGGUGUUGUGAAGGCUGACAAUGACGAGAUCUGCGCAGCCAUCAAGGACGUCUUCGAAGGUACAGCUUGA